AUGCAAUCUAAUUACAAAAUUGAAGGUCGUAAGAGCCCAAAAACGAUCGUAGGACUAUAGUAGAAAAUCAACCAAUAUUUUUCCAACAAAAUCCAAGAAAAAUAAAUUGUAGCUGAUAUAAUAUCUCGGCCAUAGUUAGAAGAAAUAAUUCCAUGUAGUAUAAAAGUGAAUAUCAGUUAGAUGAAAUACUCUAAUGCUCAUAAUCCCUUACAUUAAAAAUAACUAUACAAUACUGAAAAGACAGAAAAAAACAAAUAAAUUAAAUAUCAUACAUCUAGAUCAAACACUUCAAAUUAGUGUAAUAGGGACCAAAAAUCUCAAAAGGCAAACAAAAAGAAUGAAUGUUGCUCAUGUUUCUGUUUUGGUUGUAGCAAAAGAAAUUCUACAAGGAUUAAAAAACCAAGAACGCCUCAAGUGAAGGGGGAACAAUAUUAUGUCAAUUAUACUAAUAAAACGAGUGAAUCAAAUUAAGCCAUAAAAUAAUAUUCUAUUGCAAAAUCCCAAUCUAGAUGUGUUUAACAUCAAAUAAGGCAUCAUUAAAGUGAAUAGAGAAAAUAAAAUAUACAUCCUAAUUGUUGUAAGAUUAAUCAUCUGGCCAAUCCAAAACUCUCAUAAGCUAUAUCACAAUAUUCUGAAUCUGCAAAACAAUAUUAUACACAAAGGGAAUAUAUUUAAAUUUAAAAACAAUUGUAAAAUUAUUGUGAUGCCAAGAAGCGCUACUCUUCAACAAAAGAAUAAAAGCAAAAAGAAGCACUAAAAACGCAUAUAUAAAAAAUUGAAGAGGGUAAAUUUGGACAACCCAGAGUCUAAAAGUUAUGUUAAUUUUAUAAAGAUAUAACUAAAAAAUAAAUGAUUAAAUUUAGAAGCUCUUCUAAUUAAAAUAAAAUUUAUGUUUAAUAAGAAUAAAAACAUAUGAAUUACAAAACAAUUGAAAAGGGAAAGCAAAUAACAAAACUUGGCUAAUCAGAAAAGGAUAAGAAAAAAUUCAAAUAAGUACUAGACAUAUUUAAAAAGAAUAAAAUGCAAAACAAUAUUAUCAAAAACAAUAAUGAUAUUUUAUAGAAUAACCCUGAACAAAAUUAAAUUGAAAAAAAAGUAUCUUGCUAACAAAUAAAGUUUGAAUCUAAACAAAAAGAAAAAACCUUCUAAAAUAAUGAACCAUAUCAACUUGUUGAGUUAAAAUGA